GGCACGCGGCCAACGCCGAGGUCGCCGCCCUGCGGGAGUCGGCCGCCGCUGCAGCACCAGCCUCUCUGUGGCGGAGUCUAUCGAUGAUUGAGGGCGAUGAACUGUUCAUCGAGUACGCGGUGCAGCCACCGCUUUUGCAUGGUCGUGCUGUGGUGGCUGUGUCGGUGGUCCGCCCUACUGAUUGCGUGGUCAUCAUUUCCGACGAUGAUCUGUACGUGGAGGAGCUAGGUCCAGGCAGCACGGACAUUCGUGCCUGGUAUCGCCGUGUCCACGGAGGGCGUCCCCCGCCUGCCGCUGGGGGUAUCCCCGUGUACGACUUCGCGGCCCCGCUCACGCUGGCCGACUUCGCGGCGCUGCGCCCCGCCGCCGUCAGGAUGGUGGCCGAGCACGACGCCGCGCUCGUCGCCGCAGGGGUGCAG